AUGGUCAACCGCGGGCGCUCGGGAGGUUGUGUUACGUGCAAACAACGUCGCGUCAAAUGCGACGAAGCGAAACCAGAUUGCUGGCUGUGUCGGAACCUAAGACUUCGCUGCGGAGGCUACAAGACGAACUUUGCCAGCUUGAAGUUCAAAGACCAAAAUCACAAGUUUUACGGCGCUUUUGCUCUGAACCAAACUCGAGAAAAUCAAGACCAGACUGCUGUGUCUAUCCCGCCUUUGCCGUCCGAACCCGACUCUGCUGUGUCGUUCUUUCUUGGGCACUAUGCCAACAUAGGCCGCCACGUGGAAUCGGCACGCGGAUUCUAUGAGGUGCUGGUUCCGGUCUAUUGUUCACAGAAGCAGGGCUCGGCGCUCUCACUCGCCGUGUCUGCUUUAGCUUCACGAAUACUUUCCCUUUGGCGGCACAUUCCCGGUGAUUCCGGAUCACCACAAGAGCCUUACGCCCAAGCCAUUGCUAGUCUUCGGAGUGCACUACAGAAUCGCGAUGAAGUUGGCAAGCCACAAACCUUAUUAGCCGUGUUGACGUUGCAGUUGUACGAGAAUAUCAUUGCUAUAUAUGGCUUUCGUGUAGCCAACGGUAUUCACCAUAAUGGCGCAGUGUCCUUACUCCGAUUCGCAGAAUCGGGCGUUACUGAUGAAACAAUUAACGGAUAUCUUUGCAGAUUCGUGCUUCACACUGAGAUUUCAUCGGCGAAGCGCCAGAAAAGGCCACUACAGAGCCUCGCAUAUUCCUGGUUUAGGAGCAAAAGCUUGAAGGCUACGCCUAAUAAUCCAAGCUCAGCACUUGACGUUAUCGGGGCGUCCAUUGCCGAGUUGCAUGACAGUUAUUCAAAGUUAUCAAAGAAAGACGGUUCCGCGACCUCGUCGUCACUACGAGACGUGAGAAAUUUUAAGGCUGAGGCAAAGAGCAUUGAUCAGCAGCUUCUGGCUUGGGCACGAAGCGUGCCAGGUCACUGGCUGCCGCAGAGGCUCACAAGUGGGCAUGACAUCGACUCAUCGAUUCCGACCUAUCGAUCUGUCUGCGAAAUCUAUCUUUCUUGUCAAAUUGCAAAUAUUUGGAACCUAUGGCGACUCCAGCGCCUCUUACUCGUCAAAAUCUACCUUGGAUUGCUUGAUACAAUCUAUUGCCACAGAUUUUCUGAGUCUGCGAGGGAACAAACCUCGGGCAGGAUCGAUGAUUAUGUUGAAUGUAAACAAAUCACUCAAGAGUUGGUAGACUCUGUGUGCCAUAGCAUACCUUUUUACCUUGGCAAUUUAACCAAACCAUUAAGUAUGAACGACUUUACCGACCCGACGAUCUUGCUUCCCAGCUACAAUUCAGUGGCCCAGUCGGACAAGACACAUUUCAGUAAGCAAAAACACGGCCAUGGGAUGUCAAAAGAUGAGUACAAGCGUCAGAUUAUAGCCCAAGGGCCGUGGCACGCCAUGAGCCCGCUGAGCCGACUGUUGACGCACUUCUCGGAGGACCUUCUGAUGUCUGGCUUUCUCAGACCAGGACAGUACGCGUGGAUCCAAGAACAGUUCCUGCGUGUUAUUACAUUACUUCGUCUCUUCCCAACAGAGUCUGGUGAUGGCAGGAAAGGAUACUGCGUUUCGAACUCGCUGACUCAAAGAUCUGUAGACACCACGGCUGAGUAUCUCGCGACGGAAGUCAGAAAAGGCGCAAUUUUCAUGAGUGGGCCAUAG